CGAGCGUUAUUCAUUUGCGGUUUUAUCUCAAUUUAUCCAGAAUCGUCUGUGCCGAAGGUCAUAUCGCGGUCUCGUUGGUGAAUUUGGAUCUGAAAGCGUUACCCCAUUUAAUUGCAUUAAUGCUUACUGUCGGUAUAACGAGUCAAAUUUUGUCAAUGAAACUGAUGAGAUCUUAUGGGUUCGCAUGCACUCGUUUACUGAUCCCGGUAAGCCUUUCUUUGCGCCACUACAGUUGGUAGUUUCGGGUGGAAGCAGUAUUUACCCCGAAGAAAAAGAGUAUGUUCCGGCAGCUGUUUCCACUGGUACUGCUUGUCAUGAAACUGUUUCGCAAGCAAUUGAUACUGCUCUCAUUGAAUGUAUGCAAAUCGACUCAUUUGAGUUGUGGUGGUACGGCGGAUUGCAAGGUAGGCCAGUUGACCUUGAUCAACGAAAUUUUUUGCGUACUUAUUUUGAUGCAAACAGUGUCAACCGGUUUCUGCAGGAGUUUUCGCUCUCUGUUACAGAUAUUACUUUUGAUAAAAACAUUUAUGUGUAUGUUUGCGAAAUUUUUGGCAAAAAACCUAAUCUCCCUAGAUAUACCGUGGGAGUACAGGGCGGUUAUAAUCGCGAGAAAACUCUUUACCGUUGUCUUAUGGAAGCUUUGUGUGUUCUCGAGUACAAUAUGAAUCUCCCUUGGAUACAUUACGAAAAAUGGUCGUCAAUUGAAAAGAAUCUAAAAAACAUCAGAAACUUUGAUGAUAAUGUUGCUAAGUAUGCAAAAUACGGAAAACCGCACCUAAAAGCCGGAACGUCAAACUUCAUACCAGGAAAGGUACAAGGCUCGACGUUAUCCUAUGUCCGAAAAAAUUAUCCUCAUUCUGGUUAUCUUGUAAUAACGGCGCCUGAGUUUGAGGGUCUUAACCUAGAAGUUGUACGUGUAUGUAUUCCGGAGCUCCUUCCGUUAAGUUUGCCUUCUUAUCCUCCUCAGCAUCAUCCCAGGUUCUUGUCUAACGGAGGUAUUGUUAACCAUGUUGCCCACCCUUUGGCAUAA